AUAGUUAUAGCCAUAGAGAGAGAGUGUGUGUAUGUGUUAUAUAUAUGAAUAGCAUUUCAGUGUUGUUUGUAUUUUGUAUUUAGUUUUAUAAUAAUAAUCAGUCAGUAAUAGUGAGGCAUUUGACUCAAGCAGUCAUAAUGACUAUAAUAGUGUUUCUCAUCGAUACGUCCGCCUCAAUGAACCAGAGGACACAUUUCGGUGCCCGACCGACACUGCUUGAUGUGGCCAAAGAUGCGGUGGAAAAGUUUCUAAAGUUCCGACAGCGAGAUAUCGCCAGCCGUGGCGACCGAUACAUGUUAUUGACGUUUGAAGACUCGCCGCACAACGUAAAGGCCGGUUGGAAGGAAAGUCAUGUAGUCUUCAUGAAUGAGCUGAAGAACUUGACGGCCACUGGUAUGACAACGAUGGGUACGGCGCUGAAGAAUUCGUUUGAUUUGCUUAACAUUAAUCGUAUGCAAACCGGAAUCGAUACCUACGGUCAGGGCCGGUGUCCAUUUUUUCUGGAACCAUCGGUGAUUAUUGUAAUUACCGACGGCGGCAAACUGAGUACACAAUCGGCUGGCGUUUGCGACGAACUUAAUCUGCCGAUGCAUUCGUCAGUUCCCGGUUCCGAACUGACAAAAGAACCGUUUCGUUGGGAUCAACGGCUCUUUUCAAUUGUCCUGCGACUGACGGGAACCUAUAACUCGCCGAACGAAAACUAUAAUACAUUAAACAAUACAUUUGCCGUGCCUUCAGACCAAUCGCCGAUCGAUGCCAUGUGUGAUGUGACGGGAGGUCGUUCAUAUUGUGUAUCAUCUCAGCGGACACUGAUGGCCAGUAUUGAUCAGCUAAUACAGCGAAUACAUAGCGGCGUUGUCAUACAUUUUGAAAAAGUUGGUCCCGACCCGCCAGUGAUUAUUCCCGCCGAUGAAGACAUGACCACCACUAACACCAACAACACCUGUGAUUCAAAUAAUGGACUCAUUAUUAAUAGUACUAAUAAUACAACAAAUAAGACUAUUGUGAUUAAUAGCAACAUUAAUAAUAAUAUUAAUAAUGAUAAACUAUGGCACAGUUGCCGAAAACUAAUCUAUGUACAACGGUCAGCCCAAAAAGGCUACUCUGUUGGCCACUGGCCAAUACCCGAAUCGUUUUGGCCGGAUAUUAGUUGUCCGACACUACAGCCGCGUACAGCCCAACCCAUUGUAAAGUUUACGUGUACCGAUUCGGAGCCGACGGUCAUCGAAAACUUACCGUUCGAUAAGUACGAACUGGAACAGAGUCCACUAACCCAGUUCAUACUGUCCCGCAAACAGCCGCACGUGGCCUGGCAAGUGUUUGUCAGCAAUAGUCAUAAAAAUACUGAACUCGGCCUACCGUUUGGCUAUUUGAAAGCCAGUACCAAUCUAACCUGUGUCAAUCUGUUUGUCUUGCCAUACAACUAUCCCAUACUGUUGCCACUGUUGGACGAUCUAUUCAAACAACAUCAGGGAAAGCCUACCCGGGAAUGGAAGGUCCAAUUUGAUAACUAUUUGAAACUGAUGCCACUGUACUAUGCGGCACCAUUGAAACGAGCCCUACAGCGUAUGGGUGCACCCAAUCUGGUUCCCGAUCAGAUGGAAAAUUGUCUGUCAUAUCCAGUGCUUAACUAUUUGAAGAAAUUGAAGAAUCUGGCAAAAGCCGAAUAUGAGAAACUGGUGGCCAGUGUCGGCACCGGUAAACCGCAACAAUUGGACAGUAUUCGUGUGAACUGUUCGAAUAUGCGGCGAAUUGCCGAUCGAGGUCUCUGUUCAAAUCCAUUGUUGUCCAAAAGAUUUGAAAAACUAAAAGAAGAAAUGAACGAAUUUUCUGGUUUCGGUAUACGAUUUCGCGAUAAAUAUCUGACCGAAUCGAAGAUACAGUGCUAUCGAAAUGCUUUCGACAUCAACCGACAGGAUCUGUUGGAUCAGAUUUGUCGGAUGCGUACAAACUUUAUGCAACGACAUACGAGUGCCAUCAAGUAUCAGGACGACGACCAACUGCAUAGUUUACCGAUCAGCCAAAUGGGUAACUAUCAGGAGUAUCUCAAGAGAAUGCCGGUACCAUUGAGGGAACUGGAGUCGACACCAGUACGGCAGCACAUGUUUGGCAAUCCGUUUAAAAUUGAUAAGAAGGGUAUGAUGAUGAUCGACGAAACCGAUAUCGAUUUGGUUGGCCAGAGCAGUAGUGGUGGCCAAUCGCCGGCCAGAUCGGCCAAACGAUCGGCAAACGAUAUGUACAGCGGACCGAAACCCAAACGAAAACCUGGACCAUUGCCCAAAGAUUUUCCACUAACCCGACCGCUGAGUCCUAUUCCUAUUACUCCACCGCCGUCGCCAACAAUCCAAUCACCGCCUGUAUCACCAUCGUUGCCAUUGUUUAUACCAUCGACUCCACCAUCAACACUACUACCACCACCACCAACAACAUCAUCAUUAGCAUCACUGCCACCAACAUCAUCAUCGCUAAUACACGACAAAAGUGUUGCAAACGGUAGUCUAGUGUCGUGUCGACUAACACCUAAAGAUAAUCACACAAAUCAAACAACAUUAACAACAACAUCAACAGCAAUACCAUCAGUGAUGACCACAAACACUGAACAUAACAUAACAACAAUAAAAUCUUCGAUAAUAGUGACAACACCUAAAACCAGUGCAACAGAUCACAGUGUAAUACAUUCAUCAUCAACAUUGUCAUCGUCAUCAUCAUCAGCGAUACAAAACUCUUUAUUGCAUACGAAAUUAGAUCCACAAACGCCGGAUCAUCACUCAAUACAAAUUAAUAAUAAUAAUAAUAAUAAUAACUAUUUACCCGAACCAGAGAUUCAAGUAAUACAACAGCAUUUAAGAAGUAAUAGUAAUAAUAAUAAUAAUAAUAAUGAAACAAAUCAUUCAAAGACAGACAAUUUGAUACAUAAUCUUAAUAAUAGUAAUAAUAAUAAUCUUAAUGAUGUGAUUGUCAUUAAUAAUAAUAAUAAUACUAAUAAAACUAAACGUAGUAAUAGUAAUGAUAAUAAUAAUAGUAGUAGUAAUAAUAAUAAUAAUAUUAGUACCGUUAAAGUCAAUUCAAAUUCAAUACUACCACUAAGUCCAUUAAAAUCAAGUACACCUAUAGUGCCAGUUAAUGGUAGUCUAGUAGUACCACCAGUAGUAAUAACUACCGGUAGUACUAAUCCGAUAUCAAUUGAUACUGAAAACGAUGAUCUGAUGAUAAAUCAUUGCGAUCAUAAUGGGACCGCUGCUGCCGUUAUCACCGCCACCGCCGCCAAUGAUGAUGAUGACGACGACACCGAUGACGACAUCGUCAACAAUAUCAAAAUGAUUGCCUUUACCGCUGAUGAAUGCGAGCUUAAGAAGUAUUUGUUUAAAUUGGUUCGAAAACCUGGAAGAAAUUUUGACGAAUUGUUGCUCCAAUUAUCGCAUACUCGUGGCUCUGUUCGCGAGCAUCUGAUCCAAGAAGUUAUUCAAGAGGCCAAUCGAUUCAAACGAAAGUCACUCAUCGAUAUACUAUCAAAUCAAUUCAAAUCAAAGACGACGACGACAUCAUCACAUGAACUACUGUCCAAUAAUUUUGAGACCAUUUGAUAUUAUUGUUGUUUUUUUAUAAUAAAAAAAAUUGAAUUUUUUUAAUAAUUAUAAUUUUAAGGGACAGUUGUGAUUAUUAUUAUUUUGGUGGCAAACCAACCAACAAAUAUAGAUGUCUUAAAA